ACCUCGCAGCCACUACAGUCUCAGCUCCCGGCGUGGACACCGAGGAGAAGACUGUUCCUGUGAGGUCCACCUACAAGUCACCAUGUAUGAGGAGUGCCAGGAGUCCACAGGGGACCAUUACUUCCUCUGUGACACCGAGGGAGCGUGGGUCAUUGUUCUGCAGUCCCUGGCAGCAAUUGGCAUAGCGGUUACAAUCAUCCUACUCCUGACAUUUCUCCUCCUCAUGCGAAGGGUUCAAGACUGCAGCCAAUGGAACGUCCUACCCACCCAGUUCCUCUUCCUCCUGGGGGUGCUGGGGCUUUUUAGCCUUGCUUUUGCCUUCAUCACCCAGUUCAAUCAGCAGACGGCCCCCGUACGCUACUUGCUCUUCGGGGUCCUCUUUGCAGUCUGUUUCUCAUGCCUCUUGGCUCAUGCCUCCAACCUGGUGAAGCUGGUCCGGUGUGGAGUCUCCUUCUCUUGGACCACAAUUCUGUGCAUUGCCAUUGGUGUCAGCCUGUUGCAGACAAUCAUUGCCACUGAGUACGUGACUCUCAUCAUGACCAGAAGUAUGGGGUUUCUGUUUAUGACACCCUAUCAGCUCAACGUGGACUUUGUGGUCCUCCUGAUUUACGUCCUCUUCCUAAUGGCCCUCACGUUCUCUGUCUCCAAGGCCACCUUCUGUGGCCCCUGUGAGAACUGGAAGCAGCAUGGACGGCUCAUCUUCGUCACAGUGCUCAUCUCCAUUAUUAUCUGGGUGGUGUGGAUCUCCAUGCUCAUAAGAGGCAACUCGCAGCUCCAGCGGCAGCCCCAGUGGGACGACCCCGUCAUCUGCAUUGCCCUGGUCACCAACGCGUGGGUGUUCCUGCUGCUGUAUGUCAUCCCGGAGCUGGGCAUCCUCUACAGAUUGCGUAAGCAGGACUGCCCUCUGCAAGGCGAUGCCUGCCCGGUGCCAACUUACCAACACAGCUUCAGAGUGGAGAACCAGGAGCUCUCAAGAGCCCGAGACAGUGAUGGAGCUGAGGAGGAUGUAGCAUUAACUCCAUAUGGUACCCUCACUCAGCUGCAGACUGUUGAUCCCCCCCAGGAGUAUUUCAUCCCACGGGCUAAACUAAGCUCCCAGCAAGAUGCAGAAUUAUACAAUCCACAGGAAACAUGAGCAGUGAAAACCCAGAAAACCAUCCUGAUGUGGACCUGGGGAGCCCACCUGCCAACAAAGCAUCAUCUCAUCGUUCCUUCCCUGCUUCCUGGUCCUCUCCAGCCAUCUGGACCCUUCAUCAGGAGACCGCCCUUUUAAGCAUAAUUACAUUCUUGCUGACCACCCUA